AUGAAAAUGACAGAAAAAUACAACCAAACCCUCCGAUUCCACAUUUUCAAAGACUACGAUGACGAAGAAGACAUCUUCUACAAAAGGCUCAUCCUCUCCCUCGUCACCGGCGACAUUGCACCAGUAGAAGCCGCCAUAGACUAUGAUGCCUGGAUAGAAAAUAAUGCCCACCAGCAACACGAGGAGCGUAUGAAGAGCUCAGAUCCAUGGGAAUUUCGCGGUGCUAUGCCAAAUCCCACAGGCCUUGUGACAGAGUUUUUCAGGUCGCUUGCACGAGUAUUCGCUGCAUUUCCACCAUAUAGCGAUGGACAAAAUCGGAUUAUGGAGUUCUUGGAAGCGUUGGAGGGACUGCCGAAGAAAAAUUUACCGGUCUAUGUUCCGCAUGAUUAUCCGGAUGAACCGUAUGUUAUGAUUACAUUCUGGGUGCUCGGGGAGGGAAUGGCGCUGACGGAGGAUAUCCGGCGGGAUGCAGAGGACCAUUACUACGACUACUCGGACGUCGAAACACCCGGAAGCGACACCCAGAUUGGCUGGCGAAACUGGCAAUCGGCAAUCUCCCGUCUCACAGUCUCUGGUCUGAUCGAUUGUGGGUUUCUCUGUGCACUGGGGAAUAUUCUUCCCUCGUAUGCGUACUAUCCAGACUUGAAUUUUCGCAAGAUGGGCGGUCCGAAGAGAAUUGCCGGUGAUUUGAUGGCAGCGGCAGAGUGGAUUCUAAAGCCUGAUGCAGGACGAUAUGUUUACAAACAAUGUUUGAAAAGGGAGAAGACGAUAAACCUUCCUAGAGAGAUAUGGAGUAUGGAGAACUGGAAUGAGUGGAAAGUGCAAGUUGAUUGGAUUGCUAGAGAUGAGAGAUUCAGUGCUGAGGCUCGAGAUAUUGCCAGACAAAUGACUCAAGCUAUGGCGAAUAUCGAGAAUGCGGCAUGA